AAAGUGAAAAGCUGUAAUGUAAACUGAUAGUGAAUUAUGAAAUUGACACAUAAUUGUAUUGAUGUAUUUAUUCAUUUUAAUAUUUAGUAAUGUAAGUUGAAAAUAAGAUUCACUUUCAACAGUAAUGAUAUUUUCCAUAAUAACUGUGCUUUUACUACGGUUUUAAAUAUUGUAAAUAGUAAGUAAAAUGGGUGGGCUAUUUAGUAAAAGUAAGAAACCCGUUAGUAGAGUAACUGAGCAAGAUAAAGCGAUCUUACAAUUGAAGCAACAAAGAGAUAAGUUAAAGCAAUAUCAAAAGAAAAUUGAAUUGAAUUUAGAGAGAGAUCGGCUUUUGGCUAAAAAAUUAUUGGCCGAGAAUAAACGCGAUAGAGCAAAGUUACUACUAAAAAAGAAAAGAUACCAAGAAAAUUUGUUACAAAAUGCUGAUAUUCAGUUAGAAAAAUUGGAACAACUUACGCAUGACCUAGAAUUUACUCAAAUUGAAGUACAGGUUUUGGAUGGCUUAAAGACUGGUAACGAAGCUCUGAAAAAAGUUCAUGAUAUUCUUAACAUUGAUGAUAUAGAAAAGAUUUUGGAUGAAACAAGAGAGGGUAUAGAGAAACAAAGAGAAAUAGAUGAACUGAUUUCUGGCCAAUUAACGGAAGAGGAUGAUGAAGCCAUUGAUGCAGAACUUGAAGCAAUACUUGAUGUGAAAGAUGAUUUGCCUGAAGUGCCUAUGGAUAAUUUGCCUGAUGUAGUUGAAGAAAAGGAACCAGAAAGACCUCAAAGAACAAAAUCUAGCUCGAAGAAAAUUGCUGUUGAGGCUUGAUCAAGAUGAUGACUAUGUUUCUAUUUGUACAGUAUAUAAAUUAAUAAUUAUAUUUUAUUAUUAUUUUAAA